AAUUCACACAUCUGCGUAUUUUUUUAAUUUUAAAGAUUUUAAUGUAAUUUAUUAGUUUAUUUAUACAGACCAACAACGCUAACAUUUAGCUAACUCGCUAACCCUGCUGAGGCCUUGUUUACUGGAGAUGUUUGUUCAGGCUGUGGCUCCAGCAGGUAAGGCUGGAUGGACGAGUCUACCGUUGUUGACAUCUGGCUCUGAGAUGGUAAGAGGUGGUAUCAUGCUGUGGGCUGUCUGAUGCAGCAUUGACGCUGAGCCUUCAACGUCAUCUCUUCAUGAGAUGUUCAUCCAGUUUUCACCAAGACAAUGAACCACAUUCCAGAGGUUAGGCUGAGGAAGAGGAGGAGGAGGAGGAGGGUACAGCUGCUGGACUGUCUCUGAAGGAGAAGCUAAGGACCAGAAGUUGGACCCGGUGCUAUUGGACACUUUAUGUCAAGAAUGAGAGGAACAACAUCUGGAAGCUUUCCUGGUUUAGAAGUGCAGCCACAGAAAGUGGCUUCUAACUUUUAACUGCUGGGAGACGGAAAGAAACCACCGCAGACUGGAAACAACUAAGACAGGGGACAGGGGACAGGGGACAGGGAACGCGUCUGAGUCUGAAAUACAGAGAGGGAUGUGAACGUCUCAAAGGAAGCCCAGGAGACAGAAGAGGAGGUCAAGAUGGACAGAUAUGAAGCAAAAUCAGAAUCAAAGGUUGCUUGCUUUUCACUCUGACCAUCACAGACGGACGAUCCCCCUCCUCCGUGUGUUCAGGUCUCGGAGGGGCAGGACUAGGUUGUGAGGGGCAGGACUGGGCUGGACUGGGCUGUCAGACCUCGGUGUGUCCCACAAAGCCAACAGAGGGAGUCCAGGAAGGAGGAAACCUGACGUCUGUUUUUCUUCCAGCAGAGAUGAGACUGAAGAUGAACUGCUGCUGAGACGACAGACAUGGACAAACAGAAAGUUCUGGCGAAGCUGAUCUGGGAUCUGCAGACGUUCCUGUCGGUUCUCGACUCGGAGAACCUGAGCUACAUCGCUCAGGCGCAGAAGAAGUCGAUCUCAGAGCUGCUGUCCAAACUGCAGACGCCCGACGCUCCAGUGGAAGAUGCUGAGUACAUGGUGAUGAGCUGUCCCUCAUCGUCGCUAGGCAACGAGCUGGAUGACUCACCUGGGACAGAUGCAGUUUGGUCGUCUCAGCUGAUCUCACAUCAGGACCCGUCGGACUGGAUGAAGAGCGGGGGCCCCACCGUCCCUCCUCAUCCUCCAGACGGGCUUGGCGGUGACGAUGAAGAGGACACGUACGAGGAAGCAGAACCUUACGUAGCGUCUGAAACCACCGCGUCCAACACAGAGAGGGCGGAGUCAGAGAGCAGUCACUACGAGUCGUACGGUGAAGAAGAGGAUGAUGAGGAUGAAGGAGGCGGCCUUGUGAAGGACAGAGCUCACUACAUCCAGUGGAGCAGCUCCCAGAUCAGCCUGCGGCCCACGCCGGAGUCCCGGCUCUGCGGGUACCUGUGGAGGAGGAAGUGGCUCGGACAGUGGAGCAAGCAGCUCUUCAUCAUCAAGAACGACAUGCUGCUGUGCUAUAAAUUUGCCCGGGACCUGCUGCCCCAGCUGGAGUUGAACCUUCACGGCUGUCAGAUUGUCUACAAGUCGAAGAGCAGCGCUAAGAUCCAGCACCAGCUCAAACUGGUCCCAGUGGGCUCUGAGUCUCUGGUUCUGGGCUACAGCAGCUUCCAGCAGGCGGACGAGUGGAGGAAGGUGAUCGAGGAGGUGAGCGCUGGAGGGGAAGUGGAGUCUCAGAGCUUCUCCUCUCUGAGUAAAUCUGAUCUGCGACUGUCCUGCAGGUCCAGUACAGUUCUUACCGACUCUGAUGAGGAGAAACCUUCAGCUUACUGCAGCCUCAACAGAGACAAAGGGUUCCUGAACGUCCUGAUGAACUGCCAGUGGCAGAGUUUACAGUGUCAGGUGGAGGACGGCGUCCUCAACAUGUUCGGAGAGGAGAUGGAGAAAGACGAGGAGGAAGAGGUGAAGCGGUCGCCUCAGUACACGGUCCAGCUCCGAGGCUGUGAGGUCAGAGACGACCCAGACCGUUGCUACAGGAUCUCACUGAGCAUGCUCGGCGACCAGGUGGCCGUGCUGGAGGUGAGCUCGUUGGAGGAAAAAGAAAAAUGGCUGAAGCUGCUGCAGGACGGAGCUGCCAGUCGUGGUUACCAUGACAACAAGACUCAGGAGAACACAGGUGGCGCCCUCAGCGGGCUGCAAACGCGCCGGUUCCCAACCUCCAACGCCUACAUGGACGACCCAUUCUGCCUUACCAGAACCACCAGCAGCCAGCCCCUCUACUCCAACUCCGCUCCACAGAAAGCCCUGCAGCACGGCUCUCAGGAUUCAGCUCACCGUAACUCAGUGUCGUCCAGAGAAUCGGUGACCUACAGCAACACGGUGCUGAGCAGCAGCCGGAUGGCGCCGGCGAUGCAGCGCGAUGUCCAGAAGCUGAAGCUGGUCGACACGCCGGCGGUGCAGCUGAGAACCGGCUCCGAAACCAACCUGGCGUCUGCUGUGAAGCGAAACAAGCGCACCUCCUUCAGGCAGUCUCUGGCCAUCUGCACUGAGCGCGCUCAGGCGGGCUUCCUGAACCCUCUGCUGCGGCGGACGGCCUCGGCCAAGAACUCGCUGAGACGAGCUCCUUCUGCGCUCUUCAUCGAACACGGGAAGGUUUUCCAGAGGAAGAAGGAAUGGGAGACCAAAGCUGCUGCCUGACGUUUUCCUCCUCAUCAGCAUCCAGCAGGCGGCGCAGGAACGCUCUGCUCUGAUUGGCUGUUUGGACUCUAAUCAUUCAAACUGGUUAAAGGUGACCAACUGGACCAACUGGGCCAACUGGCUCAGUGUUUAUUAUAAUCAAGAACAAAAUAUUUUUCCAUGAUUCAUUUCUUCUGGCUCCAGUUAAGCUACUAUUUGUCUGAACUGUUGGUCCUGGACUCAAUCUGCUCCUGCAACACGCGGUCCAGCGCCUGGCCCUUUAAGGCUGCCUUCCGCCUGCUUCUGAUUGGCUGUUAAGAGGUGGGAACAUACGACCAUAUAAGGACAUGCCAAAGUUGGAAAAGCUGCCUGAUUAGAGAUUAACUGAGGUCAGUCUACUAUUUAACUAAAGCAGGGCAAUGCCCACAGCCUCAAUCUACCAGGGGCCAGGGGUGCCAGGGUCCCAGGGUGCCAGGGGCCCAGGGGCCCAGGGUGCCAGG